AAUAUAUAUAUAUAUAUAUUUCUUGUAAAGUAAUAGCUGGUAACAUCGGCCUUCAUAUUUCUUUUCAAGUUUCGUGCUGCACGGUAAUAAUCGCGUGACACCUACGCUAUCAAAAUGGUUGCCGCUAAGAAACAAAAAAAGACCAUCGAGUCCAUCAACUCCAGGUUAGCCCUGGUUAUGAAAUCAGGCAAAUACUGCUUGGGUUACAAACAAACAUUAAAAACUCUUCGCCAAGGAAAGGCUAAGUUGGUGAUCAUCGCCAAGAACGCUCCUCCUCUAAGGAAAUCAGAGGUAGAAUACUAUGCUCUGCUAGCUAAGACAGGAGUCCACCACUACAGCGGAAACAACAUUGAAUUAGGCACAGCUUGUGGUAAAUACUACAGAGUAUGCACACUAGCCAUCACUGACCCUGGAGACUCCGACAUCAUUACAACAUUGCCUGAAGCGACUGUUUAAUAAAUAGGAUAAUAUAA